UUGGACAGCGUUGGCCUGCUGAGUACUAAACCGCUCGAUAUCUUCAAUCCCAACCUGGGGCCUGAUCCUACUUGGAAAGAACUAAUGGCAUCUCUCCUCAACCAGCGACAGGACAUCUUUCCGGACUCGCUUAGAAACAUUGCUGCUGAAAAAGUGGGUGGAGUGAACUCCGCCGGCAUGAAAGCAUUGCAAGAGCUGGGCCUCUUCAGCGAUAAUGUAGCCGACAGGCAUGGAAAUGCGCUGGAUACUCUUGCUCCGUAUUUGGCUAAGAUCCUUGCCUUCAACGAGAACGAGCGCGAUUUGGUGGUUUUGAAUCAUGAUAUUGGAGUACGAUUACAGAGUGGAAGUUCGGAGCGGCACAGAAUCAGCAUUGUGGCCUACGGAGAACCCAACGGAUUUUCUGCGAUGGCCCGAACUGUUGGAUAUACUUGCGCUGUUGUGUCGAACAUGGUCCUGCAAGGUGAAAUUCAAAAAGCUGGAGUUCUCCGACCUGUAACCAAGGAGAUUUACCGACCAGCCUUGAAGCGGUUAGCUGAUCUAGGCAUCCAUGCAACGAAGAUUGUUACGCAAUUAUGA